AUGGUGAAGAAGAAGAAGAAGAAGAAGAAGAAGAAGAAGAAGAAGAAGAAGAAGAAGAAGAAGAAGAAGAAGAAGAAGAAGAAGAAGAAGAAGAAGAAGAAAACGAUCUAUUUUGGUAGUGGCUCAGUAUGUACAUUGGCUUGGGGGCCUGGACAGGACAGCAGACGAGUUACUACAACAGGUUUCGAGGAAGGAUGGGAAAUAUUCAUGGAUAUCCCGGGCUUCAACGGGGAGCUCGGAACAUCGAAGGAAGAAGAAAAACACUUGGUCGAAGCUAUGACCGACCUCGAUAGCCACCGGAGGUUCUGGAAGGCUUCCGGACAGAAUAAAGAGACCCACGAUCAAGAGCUCAGGCCCCAUCUCAUCUAUUCAUCAUAUGCUGAGACGAUACCGGAUGCCCUAGAGAGACUCUGA